GGAGGAUUCUGCAAGAGAGAGAGAGAGAGAGAGACUGUCACCGAUGUCGUAUUGCUUGGACGGGGUAUUUUUAACACGCAAUCUGCCGAACACAGCAGGACAAUUCUUUUAGGGUUUCUCUACAUCUCCCAGUCGAUUUGGAUCGUGUGCAUACGCCAUCGACGUCGAGAACAGCUUUUGCAUGUGGGCAACUGAAGGUUUCGGUGUGUUGUUCAUCACGCAACUCGAUUCCUGCAAGAAUUGGUUGAUUAGAGCGCUUGUGUGCCAUGCUCGCAGGGGUUGCAUCGCCCACAUCCGCAUGGUGGAUUUAUGUAAGUAGGAGCCGUAGUGGAGGGGAUAGAGCUUCGACGAGGAGUUGGGAAACUUUUGAUUAGAGCGAGGGUAGACAGAUUUCAAUCGGGCGUCACGAUGAGGCUACUAACGCAGCGCAGCAUGGAGUUGGCAGUUCGAAUGUCAGGGGAGCUGCAGUACAUGAUCGAGUUGUCCGUAGUGCCGGUGAUGAAGGUGCUGACGAUGUGUGCAUUAGGCACGCUUCUAGCGCAACCUAAGGUCAACAUCAUUAAUCCCGCUGCGACGAGGCUGUUGAGCAAGCUCGUCUUUGCUCUGUUCCUGCCGUGCUUGAUCUUCACAGAGCUUGGCGAGUCGAUGACCUUUCAAAACAUGCUUCACUGGUGGUUCAUCCCGGUGAACGUGAUGUUAAGUUACUUCAUCGGUUGCGUAGCAGGGGUGCUUGUAGCUCUAAUUUGCAAGCCACCAGCGCAAUUCUUCAGGUUCACAGUGGUGAUGACAGGGAUCGGGAAUUCCGGCAACCUUCCACUUGCAAUCAUCGGAUCGAUAUGCCACGGUCAAUCGCAACCGUUUGGCAACAAAUGCAACCAGUCUGGGGUGGCGUACGUAGCCUUUUCGCAGUGGAUUGCAGUGAUCGUGCUCUAUACGUUCGUGUAUCACAUGCUAGAACCUCCCGAGGAGUUUUAUGAGUUAGUGUCGGACGAGGGAGAACUAGAUGCGUCGGUGAAAAGGAAUAAUGUGGCCCUCGCAGCCCUGGAGACAGAAGAGUCAAUGCCUUCGGUGACGUCUGCGGAGUGGCCGGGUGUGUUCAGUGCUAUGACGGAAGAGUCGCGGACACCGCUGCUGUCCCGCGUUUUCCGGUAUCCUUCAGUAUCGUCACAUUCAUCAGCAGUGGAGGGAGACGGAGACAGUCCCAGAGCACGUGUCCGGUGUCUGGCGGAGCCUCGCGUGGUGAGGAAGAUUCGUGUGGUUGCUGAGAAGACCCCGAUCCGGCAUUUAAUGCAGCCUCCGAUCAUAGCGUCUGUGUUGGCCAUCUUUGUGGGGAUAUUUCCCAAUACCAACGCGCUGCUGUUCGGAGAUGACGCACCUCUGGGGUGGUUCACGGACAGCUUGACCAUACUGGGUGCAGCACUAGUACCGUGCGUGAUGUUGGUGCUGGGUGGAACGCUGUCAGUAGGGCCUGGCAGCUCGGAGCUGGGAAUGAGGACCACGAUCGGCAUCUCGGUGACUCGUCUGGUGUUGCUGCCGCUAAUAGGUAUCGGCGUCGUGUUGCUUGCGCACAAGCUGGGCGUUAAUCCUCACGGGGACAAGAUGUUAAUGUUCGUUCUCCUGCUGCAACAUACGAUGCCGACGGCGAUCCUGUCGGGCGCCAUGACGAGCAUGCGCGGGUAUGGUGAGCGGGAAGCUUCGGCACUUUUGUUCUGGCAACACGUAUCUGCGGUGGUGACGAUUGCCGCGUACAUCCUGAUUUACCUGAAGAUUGUAACCCAGCUUUAGGUUGUGAAGAACGUUGACCUGAUUUGACUGGGAAGCAGGCGAUGUCCACACAGGGAUGCCGAGAUUCUUUGUAGGCUGAUCUGCAAAUAAUCUGAAGCAGCGGGAGUUGGAGCACGAUAGCAUGUUGCAGGAGGUAAUCCUGGCCGCAUUGCGUGGGAGGCAAGUGUAGAAAGAUAUAUUGGUUUGGCGAAAUGAUGUAGAAUAAUGGAUGUCUAGUUCCAGACCGAUCAAGUAACUUGUGCCGCGGGUGAUGCCCUUAAAGGGUUAGUGCCACAGCCGACGUUAGGCCAAGGAGUCGCUGGCUCGGUGUUGUGGAUGUACUAGAUGAACCCGUGUCCUUGUCACGGAAAGUGUGAUUCAAAUGAAGAUAUUUUUGAAAGUUA